AUGUCGAUGAUCAUUCAUAAUCCCAGCGUGGUCUAUGCUGCUAAACCUGAACCUUUGCUCAUUCAUCUCAUUAAUUGUGAAGUGACACACGAAUUUGCUGGUAGCUAUAAUCAAUCAACCAAUAUCAUUGAAAUAAUUUCUGAUUACAUACUCACAUUCAUUCAGCGAGGAGAAGUUACCACAUCCGCUGCUCUGCUAUCUUUGCUCUAUAUCCGAAGAGCAAAGGGUGCUAUCAAUGUUACAACAGAUUCCGUGGAUGUAGAUCUGCGAAUCUUUUUGGGUGCUAUUAUUGUUGCUUCCAAGUUCUUGAACGAUGUUGUAAUGCGCAACUGGCAGUGGUCAGCAUGUGCAGGAAUAUUCACUGUGAAAUCUAUCAACACAAUUGAGAGAGAGUUCCUCGAUAUCCUCGAUUGGAACUUGAAUUUCACGCAAUCUGAACUUUUGAUAGAAUGUAGGAUUCGAUAA